CAAUAUGUCAGAACCCUGCUACUAGAGCCUGGAUGUGGCUCUGAGUUUCAGGGUCACUGACAUUGAUAAGACACCUGCGUCCCAGGACUCGGAGGAGAAACGGCUGAUGGACUUGGCGGGGAAUUUGCGCGGGGUUUUACUGAGCGGGAAGAGACUGUUCAAAUGAGGGGGAGGGUAUAUAAAGGAGGGUUGGCCGGAGCCUCCCAUUCUUGGCUUUUCUGAUGUUCACGUUUCCUACAGUAAAAGUUCCUGGUGAUACCACAAAGAGUCUCGUGUGUUCAUUCAGGAGCGGCUGUGGUGAGCUGACACUAAGCCAAGAAUACGGACACCAUCCCGCUGUAGCGGUGAGGUGUAACAUGCAAGUGGAGGAUGAAGAGCUCUUGGGCGCCGGAGGAGGAAGGUCAGAAAGGGCCACUCCCGAGACGGACGCUGAGUUCCACCAGCUGGCGGCCCUGGCGUCAUCCACCGCUUAUGCCCAGCCAAAUGGGGUAACCCAGAGGCGCGGAGGGGUGCGGGGAGAUAGCACCGGAGGAGAGGAAGGUUCACCUUCCCCAGGCCCGCAAAAGAUGGUGUUUCUGGAGGAGAGGAUGUCGGCGAUGGAGACCACCCUGGCAGUGAUGUCGAGGGCGAUGGAGCGCCUGGCGGUUUUGGCGGAGCCGGAGCGAGGAAGGGAACUCCGGGCUAGCUCAAUGUGGGACGUGAGCAUGGGAAGCAGCCAGGGCUUUGCAGACCUCCCAGCACCGAAGGGAAGGGAAAUGCGAAAGGAGCCCGGUGCCCGGCCCAAGAUCCAAACGAGCCUGACGCGGGUGGAGGAGAGUGACGACGAAGGGGAAAAGCCUCCGAGAAUCCCGGCUACGCUCCCAACUGAGACCCUGGUGCCCCUGGCGAAUGCCGGGCGUGGCACAGGACAAAGGGAAGCAGCAGCGGGGCCCACUGGCCCGCAAGGGGGCUUGCGACGGGCGGAGGAUUGGGGAUUGCCACCACAGGGACCCCUACCGAGACGAGAGGAACUAAGGAUCGAGUUUGGGGGAGAGUCCUCUGAACUGGAUUUUUUCCUGACCACGGUGAGGGGCUAUAUGGAGGACAAUGCCCACACUUUUAGAACGGAAUCCAGCCGGGUACGGGCCAUUGGUGCAGUGUUGAAGAGGGGAGCGGCCAGCUGGUACGUUCAACUACAUGCGCGGCGCGACCCAUGUCUGGGGUCACUCCGACGCUUUAUGGGGGCCCUGGAGACCCGUUUCCGAGACCCACUGGAGCAGAUCCGGGCGAGGGAGGAGUUGAAGACCGUCUCCCAGGGGCAGAGGUCGGUAUCUGAGUAUGCGGAGGAGUUCCAAUGCCUCGCUGAAAAGGUGCCGGAAUGGUCUGCAGUGACAAAGAUAGAACUCUUCAAAGAGGGGCUCAGGCGGGAGAUCCUCUCCUGGGCGGUGCAUCGUGAUGAGCCUGACACACUGCGCGGAUGGAUUCAGCUGGCGGGGCGCAUCGAGACAUCGCUGGCCCAGGCGAGGAGGCACCGAGGAGGGCUACAGCAGCGGCCGCAGAUGAAAGAGGGGAGCCGGAAGGAGGGAUCAACCCCAGCCGGGAGGAGAACGGAGCCGACAGGGAACGUGAGCACCAGCAGGAGGGGCUGCUUCGUGUGCGGCCGUUUGGGCCACAGGGCUGCCGAGUGCUGGCAGAGAAAAGGGGAAGGCGGAGGCCCGCCCAAACCAAGAGCCGUGGCAGGGAAACGCGCCGAGGAAGAACCACCGAUGAGGCACCACUCGGGGGGGUUGGACGAAGGGGAGGAGGACGCCAUGUCAGAACCCUGCUACUAGAGCCUGGAUGUGGCUCUGAGUUUCAGGGUCACUGACAUUGAUAAGACACCUGCGUCCCAGGACUCGGAGGAGAAACGGCUGAUGGACUUGGCGGGGAAUUUGCGCGGGGUUUUACUGAGCGGGAAGAGACUGUUCAAAUGAGGGGGAGGGUAUAUAAAGGAGGGUUGGCCGGAGCCUCCCAUUCUUGGCUUUUCUGAUGUUCACGUUUCCUACAGUAAAAGUUCCUGGUGAUACCACAAAGAGUCUCGUGUGUUCAUUCAGGAGCGGCUGUGGUGAGCUGAC